CCAGUACUCGUAACACUAACACUAUAACCUUCAACUAAUAGUAAUAGUACACUAUGAGUCUCAUAGUUUCACCUACAUCUGGUGUAUCUGUGAAUUCAAUAGGAGUAGACGAUAUUAUUGAAGCGUUGUUUUAUAGGUAUGCGGAAUUAACCGGUAAUGAUAAUGAUAAUAAUGAUGGUAUUAUAGCUAAAUUACAACUACCAUCAUUACGAUCAUUACCAUUAAUGAGUUAUUUAUUACCUAAUAUUGAUGAGAAAAAAUUCGCCAUUAAUAAAUUAUUACAAGAACAAAAACGAGCAAGUAAUUAUAAAAAAUGGUAUGAAAUAUCGUUACAAUUAGAUGAAUUAAUGAAUAAUAAUUCAUGGAAAUCAAAUCCUCAAUCUGAUUUAUAUGAUUAUAAUCUUAUCUAUAAUAAUCUUAAUGAAAUGAAAAAUGCAAGAUUAAAUAAAGAUUAUAAACUUUUAUUAUAUUAUAUUCGAACUAAAUGGAUAAGAAAUCUUGGAAAUAUGGGAGAUGUUAAUUUAUAUAGACAUUCAUUUACUGGUACCAAGAAAAUUAUUGAAGAAUAUAUUGAAGAAUGUAAAACUUCAUUAAAUUAUUUACUUAAUGAUCCAGAUGUUAAUUUAGAUGAUAGAUAUUUAUUAGGAAUGUUAAUUCAAACAAGAAAAAAUAUUGGAAGAACAGCUUUAGUUCUUUCUGGUGGUAGUACAUUUGGAAUAUUUCAUAUUGGAGUUUUAGCUACAUUAUUUGAAUGUAAUCUUUUACCUAGAAUUAUUAGUGGUUCUUCAGCAGGAUCCAUUAUGGCAAGUAUUUUAUGUUGUCAUUCAAAUGAAGAAAUAAUUGAAAUUUUAAGUACAAUUGCUGAUAGAGAAUUUAAAAUAUUUGGAUCAGAUGGUAAUGAUCCUAAUCAAAGUCAAUUUAGAAAAGUUCUUGGAAAUUUAAGUCAUUUUAUAAAGUAUGGAACUUUUUUUGAUAUAACUGAUUUAAAACAAACAAUGCUUGGAUUCUUAGGAGAUUUAACAUUUAGAGAAGCAUAUAAUAGAUCAGGAAAAAUCUUGAAUAUAACUGUAUCUCCAACAUCAAUUCAUGAACUGACAAGAUUAUUAAAUUAUCUUACAGCUCCUCAUUGUUUAAUAUGGUCGGCCGUUUGUGCAAGUUGUUCAUUACCAGGAGUAUUUCCUUCUACUUCAAUUUAUGAAAAGAAUCCUAGAACAGGAGAAAUUCGUGAAUGGAAUAGUGAUACAUCAGCCAAAUAUGUUGAUGGAUCAGUUGAUAAUGAUUUACCUAUUACAAGAUUACUGGAGAUGUUUAAUGUAGAUCAUAUCAUAGCAGUACAAGUUAAUCCUCAUGUAGUCCCCAUAUUAAAAGCUGCUGUUACCAAAGUUGGUGGUGAUAUUGAAAAUGAAUUAAGUAAUAAACUUAAGACUGCAGUCAGUAACACUUAUGAUUUUUUAUCUUGUGAAGUAAUUCAUUAUUUACAAAUGCUUAAUGAAAUGGAUAUUUGUAAGAAUUUAGCAACUAAACUUAUAUCAGUUUUAACUCAAAGUUAUUCUGGAGAUAUAACGAUUUUACCGGAUUUUAAAUCUCAAGAUUUCUUAAAAUUAUUCGAUGAUCCAACUCCAGAAUUUAUGUUAGACUUUAUACUAAGAGGGGCAAAGGCUUCGUGGCCUAAAAUAACAGUAAUUCAUAAUCAUUGUGGAGUUGAAUUCACUCUUGAUAAUUGUAUAGGAUUACUUAGAGGAAGAAUUAUAACUUCUGCCAAUAAUAGAAUUACUUAUGAAAAGCCCCAUGAUUCACAUGAUAUUAAUGGAUCCCAUAAUCCAGAUAGAAAAUCAGUUAAAAGAGGAAAAUCAACUAUUGGAUUAGUAAGUUCUCCCGUAAUGAUUACUGAUAAAUCAUUUUCAACUUCAACCCCCAAUACACCUGAAAAGCCAAAAGCAAAUAUCAAAUUUCCUACUGAAAUAAGAAGACAUAAUUCUGCAAAUGUUCCAAUAAGAAAGAUGGUGAAUAAGAAGAAAAGUAAUUCAAUUAGUACACCUCAAGAAAAUUCAUCAAGAUUCCCUCAAAGGAAAUCAACCACUUCAUUAGCAUCUUUAUCAUAUGACUUUUUCAAUAGAAAUGUAUCUGCAGAAUCAACUUUAAUUAAUGAUUCAGAAGCUGAUGAACAUAAACAUUCCAUACCUAAUAUCAAUGUAACAUUACCUAAUUCUAUUAUAGACUCUAAUAAUUCUAAUAAAGAAUACGAAGAUAGAAAGAAAAUUAGAAAGGCAAGGAGUUCAACCAAUUUCAGAACUCGAAAGAUUUCCCUGAGUAAUGAUCUUUCAAGUUUAUCAUUUUCUCACGAUAUCGAAACUGAAAAGAUUAAAUAUCAAUCGGAAAGAGUUCCUUGUGCAGAUACAAAUCCAUAUGUCGAUAAAUCCCCGGAACGAGAAUGGGGUCCAGUGAAUAAAACCGAUCGAAAGGAAAAGGAGAAGGCUAAUUUACCAAAAGUUUCAGCUUCAACCCCUAAACCUAAUUCGUACAUAGGACUUAAUAGAUUAAAAGGAACAGAUUUAUCUAGAUCGGGUAAUAACUCAAUUAAUGAUUUGAGGAAUUUUAUCAAUCAGGAUCAAGCACCAAUGCCAGUCCGGCUAAAAGAUUUAGAGAAAAAGGUGACUCGAUUCGAUGAAGCAAGCUUUGAUCAUGAAAUUCUUCAUAGUGAUGAUGAUUCUGCUGCAUUCAGAUUGGAUACUAAUGGUAAUAGUAAUGGUAACGGUACUAGUAAUGUUGAUGACUAUGGUGAAGAAGAAUUUCUCGGAGAUGAUGAAGCAAGUAAUCCAGUAGAUGAUGAUGAAUAUGAUAAUGAAGUAAGAGAUUAUUAUGAACUUAGUCCACUUGCAGGAGAGAUUGAAGAUGAGGGUGGUGAUGAAGUCGAUUACGAAGUUGAUGAAGAAGAGUAUGAUAUAAACGAAGAUACUAACGUAUAAUUAGUCAUAACUUUAUUAUUUAUUAUAAUGCAUGAAAUCCUUAAUAUAUAUAUAUAUAUAUAUAAAUGUAGAUCCUUAGUCAAUACCUAGUAAUGCUAAAAUCGUUG